AUGGGGCCGACGUAUGAGGACGAGGAAGAAGACGAGGGCGAUGUGGCGCGAAAGGCGCUGCCGGUGAGGUCGACGCCGUUUCGGAAUCUUGGCGGCGGCGGGUCGGACUCGGAUGAGGACGGCGGGGUGGAUCCGAUUCUGGAGCUGCAGCGCAAGGCGAGCGAGGCGCUACUGAAGCGAGUGGCGUUUGACUAUGCAGCCCACGACUACAAGGAGCUGCCUAUCAAGCCGGGCAUCCGGUUCUAUCAGCUGCUCGCGCCGCGGCCAGAGGGGACGCGGGAGGAGCAGCGGCGACGCGGAGGACGGCUCAAGCUGCGGAUGCCCGACACCAUUGUGUGCGAGAUGGACGUCAUGCAUUGGUACUACACCUCUGCCGACGGACGUGCUGGUAGCGAUUCUCAAGCGGCCGGCGCACUCGUCGCCGUUCACCUCGAACGAUAUUACGCUGCUCUCGACGCGACGCUCGCGCCAGUGCUCUCGUCGCCGCCCAACGCGCCGUAUUGCAUCCAGAAGUUUGUCAACUUUAAGGGCAAGAAGGCCACCAUUGUGCGGUGCGUGUGGGAGGCGGGCAAGGCGUGCAAGGCGUAUGUCAUCUCGAACAACAUUGCGGUGGACGACAUUUCAACGACCGACUUUAAGCGGCGGUAUUGCACCCAGACCGGCGACGCGGGAGCGACGACGGUGUUCAAGCUCACCGGGCGCUCGCUUGGCGAAGUGGCGGAGAUGACCAACUCGAUUGUGCAGUAUGUGGAGCAGAACGUGACGCCGCGUCCACAGUUUGCGCAGCUCGUUGCCGACUUUAUGAAGGACGCCGGCUCGCAGUGGUGGUUCUUGCAGGUCAAGCACUUUACGCUCACGCCAAAGUGCCUCGCGCACUUUGAGGCGCGCGACAAGGGCGAGGCGCAUGUGCAGACGCCGGCCGAGCGCGAGAUGGUCUCCAAAGACUACCUGCUCAUGCUCACCUGCGGGUGCUGCAAGACGAGGUGCUCGUCCGAGGAGCUCAUCUACGAGCUAACGCUCAAGAUGAUUCUGGAGACGGUCCACCACCUCAAGUCGCGCGGCAUCGAGCUCCGCUGGUUCCAGCUCCUCGACGCGUCGACCAUCAUUGCCGACGACAAGGCCAAGUUCUACGCGCCGGCCAGGGUCUGCCGCUUCUGCUACGACCUGUACCUCACCGAGCAGAAGCUCAAGCGGAUGGUGACCAAGUUUGCAGCGGCGAUUGGCGUCCCCCUGGCGUUCGCUGGUACUGCUAGCGGCGGCGACAUUUCGCUCGGUCCACUCGGCUCGUUCAGCCUCUCGCCGUCGGCGAUGACGACGCUCGGCACGCCGGCGACACCGAUGCGGAGUGCAACGCCCUCGGCGCUGCUAGCGGCGUCGGCGUCGGGGCGGCGGUCCGAGUCACGAGCGCUGAUGACCCCGUCCAAACCGAUGCCGGCGGCGUGGGAGUAUGCGUUCUCGUUUGGCGAGGCGGUCCAAGUGGCACCGGACGACACCAACUUUCGGCCGGCUAACAUGCGACUUGUCCGGUUCAUCACCUUUCUGCACGAGCUCUACGACACGCCGGACCUGGUGUCGCUCUUUGGCGACGGCACCUUUUACCUCGAGUACACGGUGUUCCAGUACACAACGCGCAUUCCGCUCGAGCUCGUUGAGGGCUCGGUCGUCCCGGUCCACAAGCUGCGGGUCUUCCACUUUUGGGCCGACGACGCCGGCCUUGUCGAGUUUCUCGAGCGGCAGGUCAAGAUCGAGAUCAAGCUCUUCUCCACCGUCCAUGCCAAGCCGCUCUCGUCGACCUCGCUCUACCUCAAGCAGUUCCAGUCGGGCCUCGUCUCCAAGCUCGACUACUUUCAACUGUUCUCAACUCGCGAGAUGGCCGAGUGUGGGCUCAAGGCCACGCUUGGCUUUGUCAAGCUCAACACGGUCGAUCCGUCGGUCUUUGAGAUGGCCCGCCACCAGGGCGUGUACAUCCCAGUCGACCCGGGCUACUUUAGCGUCGACCCACUGCCCGAGGAGUGGAUGGCCAUCAUCCCCAACAAGCACGGUUUCCUCGAGUCUCUGCCGGACCACACGCGACACUCGCAGUCGACGCGGUUUGCGUCGAGCUCGGCGCUGGCCGAGCCGGCGGUGUUUGGCGGCGGCGGCAGUGGGGUGGGCGGCGCGAGCACCGACGCGUCGUUCUUUGUCACCCAGCUCGACGAGUCGGACGAGGCGCAGCUGCUCGCGCACAUGUCUGCGCUCUCGGCCAAGUUUGCGAGCCACGACUACACCGACGCCGUCCGCGAGCGAACCUGGCUCGUCAAGCUCAUGAUCCACUCUGUCGUCCACCUCUCCGCCGAGCCUGGUGAGCAGUGGAAGGUAGACUACUCGGUGCUCGGCCAGGAGUUCUCGUCGCCGUCGGUCCUGUUUGUCUCGGACGCCGCGCCGCUCGAGUUCAACACCACCGACGACAUCCACCUCCACUGCUCGUACUCGGGCCUGCAGGUCUGGCUCGACAAGUUCCCGGCCGCCGUCUUUGACGUUGUCUCGCGCGAGCGCUCGGCCGGUGGCACCGUCUCCAUCCCACUCGCCGCGCUCCUCCAGCGCGGCAAGGUGACCGGUAAGUUCAAGCUCGGCUCGCUUGUCGGCAACAUCGCCCAGGCGACCAAGCCGCUGUAUCUGAAGGUCUCGAUCUUUAUGAUCGAUCCCGACGACGCGCCCGAGUUUGCCUCGAUGCCCGCCGAGAUGGUCAUGACCGGCGCCAGCGAAGACCACGAGCUCAACGCGGCACUGAUGCAGUAAAGGUAGCCAGAAAGCA